UUAAAUUAAUUAUGGAGUAAGAAUUGUAUAGUCUAACCUCAUAAAUAUUUUGUGUAAAAUUAAAUCGCUCCCUUUAACCUGUUGUAACGAGUCUUUCAAAAAGACUUUGGUUAUACCAACUGAAUUAUCAUCGGUAACCCGUUACAUAAAUUGGUGUCAGGUGUGACUCCUAAAAGUAAAAAAUAAAAAUUGACACAUAAAUUGGUGUCAGGUGUGUCUCCUAAAAAUUGACACAUAAAUUGGUGUCAGGUGUGUCUCCUAAAAAUUGACACAUAAAUUGGUGUCAGGUGUGCCUCCUAAUGGUAAAAAAAAAAGUAAAAAAUAAAAAUUGACACAUAAUUUGGUGUCAGAUGUUUCCCCUAAAAAUAAAAAUUGAGACAUAGUUUGAUGUUAUGCUUGUACAAUUGUAAAUUUAAUACAUAAUUUGAUGUUAAUUAUAGUUACAUAAAAUUUGAUGGUAUAAAGUUUGUGUAAUGUUCACAUAAUUUUGGAGUCGACUGUUUUAAUUUAAAGAUUUGAAGAUAGAAGAAAAUUAAAAUUUAUUUGUUAAGAAGUUCAAGAGUAAACAAGAUCUGUGGUUGACUAUACAUAUUUUUAUUCUGAUUUUUAGUAUCAUUUACCUGUCUGUUGUUGUUUUAAUUGCUAAUAUUUGUGAAAUUGGUUUUGUAAAAUAAAUCGAAGUUUAGGUCAAAUUUGAGAAUAAAAUGAUUAGUUUCAAUUUAUAGUAAUUGGAAAAUAUUGAAUAAGUAAAUAAAAUUUUAACAACACAGAAAAGACACAGGAAAUCGGUGAAAUCUCCGGCAUUGACAAAAUCACGUCAUUUGUCGUUAUAAAUUGUUAGAAGUUGUUUUAAUAUUUGGUUGGAUAGUAUUGUUCAUUUAAAUGGUACAAAUUUUGUUGAUAAUUGUUUAUAUAUAAGUAAAAAUCCUAUUUCUUUAAUAUUGAAACAAUAUUUCUAAUAAUUUAGUGUGAUGGUCUUACGGAACUUAUAAUUUGACAAAUGUGGUUGACUGUAAGCUAUAAAUAAAAGCAGGUAGUAAAGCUUUUGAGUGAGUGUCACUGAGAUUUAUGAGGGGUUGGUUAAAGAAAAAGAGGUAGUUUUACAUUUCAAGAAUAAUAAUGAUUGUAUUUCAUAAAAAAAAAAAAAAAUAUUUAAUUAAGUAAGAAUUUAACAAAAUUUCCUUAUGACAAUAAUACAAGUGGAAGAUUAUAAGUUCGCAUAACCAUUUGGAAUUAUUAACGCUGAAUUUAUUUCAGAUUUAUUAAUUGAGAUUUUUCUUUCAGAGAAAUAGUUUAAUUUUUAUUGAUUAGUAGUUUGUCUUCCGUAGUUUUUUUUUGUAUGUAAAAGGAAGAAAGUAUUUGCAUGUACAUUGAUUUGUAAGGUUUCGUAGCAAUUUCUAGUAGUAUACUCAGUUAUCAAUUCCGGGAGCAAAGAGUACUGAUUUUCCAUUUGUACUGUUUUUGGGCAAAAGGUCAAAAACGCUGUGAACUAAAUACAAGUCUAUUAAGUAAUAUAAAAAAUAUCUUAUAAUUGUUUGUGGAAAUGAGUCGUGACGAGUCAAGUUUUAAUAAAUAUUCAGUUAAUAAUUUUGAUGAAACUUGUUUGAGUUUAACAUCUAGAGAACAGUUAGCAUCAAAACGUAAUACCAACAGUAAUACUUUGAUGGAAGCACUGUGUUAUUCCUUGUCAAGGUUAGCUAUGAACAGUAAUCUUACAUUCAUAGAUGAUUUUGAUGGUGAGAGUGAUUACAGGGUUUUCGUCAAGAGUGUUGAAUUAAUUGGUAAAGACAAUAAUUGGUCGGAAAAACAAAUGGUCUCAGCUAUUGAAUUCAAAUUGAAAGGUUUAGCUAGAGAGUUUUAUUUUACUAUUGAAACUUCUCGUAGACCUCAGACUUUUAAAGAUAUGAAAAAUUGGUUAGCUAGUGUUUUUGAUAAAAAAGUUAAUUUUUAUGAGGCUAAAAAUGAACUAACAAAAUGUAAAAGAAAAACAAAUGAAUCAUUAGGAUCUUUUAUGUGUAGACUUAAAAUAAUUGCAGAAAAGAUGGUCACAGAAUCAGAUCCAUUCGAGUUGUCGAGAUUUGUGAAUAUGUUGGUCGCUCAGCAAUUUGUUGAUGGUUUAGAUACUAGGCUAUCAAAUUUGGUUCGGGCGGAGGGCAUAUUUUUGAAUUUAGACGAAGCUUUCCGUAUAGCGUCAGAAAAAGAAGACAUUUUUCUUAGAUUAAAGCUGACCCCAGAGAAAAAAGAAUUUGAUAAAAAUUUAUUUGAAAAAACUAGUCUAAUGACAGAAAAUUGUGAAAGAGAUGAUAGAGUUCGAGAUAAUGGUAAAGUUCAUAUUUUAAAAGUAAAGGCGAGUAAUGAUCGAAAAAUUAAAAGCAAGUUAAAGAAUCAAUUUUGUUAUACGUGUGGUCAAAAAGGUCAUUAUAGACUUAAUUGUCGUUUUAGUAAUUGUAAAAUGUGCAACAGUACAACUCAUACAUCGAAAAAUUGUUAUUUCUUAAAGAAAAAUAGACGAGAAAGAAACAUAAAGGAAAAUGAAAUUUUUAGUAAAAAAAAAAGUGAAAAUAAGUGUCUUUAAGAAUUUUGAGUUGUUGAAAGAAAAAUGAUGAGUCGAAACGAAGGGUUAUAGGUUGUAUUUGGUUUACAAAGUACAUAAAACAAUCUGCAGGUUUACGUUCCGGUUACGCCGAUGAAUCACAGUUCAUUGUGGUUUACCGGAAGACGAUCUGUUCAGGUAAUGGCGUGCCCUCAUUGCUUGGCGGUGAUAAGACAAGUCAAAAUCUUUUCACAUUAGAUGGUCUUCUGAAGUGUCGCUCAGUUAAAUAAAAUGGAUUUACAAUAGCCCAAAAGAAUCUAACAACAACAGGUUUUGCAUUAGUAAUUUUCUUCUAUAUUCUCAUGUUGGUAAAGAUCUGAUCAAUCUUGAUUCCUGUACGUUUGGUUUUAGCUCCAAGCACCCGAAUGUGGUGAGAUUAUCUGAAGAUAUAGUUUAUUUUUGCAAAUUUCAAGGUUUUAAUGUUUAGUAUUAACGUAAUUAUGCGCAAAUUCCUUAAUACUAUGAUUUAUUACCACUCAAUUUUUUCUAGUAAGACUUCCUCUUAUUAGCUCUAUUGUGUUUUCGAGUUCAGUGAAAACAAAUAGAAAUAAUAGAUUCUCUGUUGUUAGAUUUCUUCAAGAUUUUACAAUACCUCAGUCAUAUAUCACAUAUUUCAAUAAAAACUUGACACUUUCGGGUAACUUGUUCGUUUGUUAGUUGGUUCCUCCUUUUAAAGGUAAGGAGAGGUAUUAAGUGGUCUAGGUCUUGAGUGGAAGACUAGAAAUUUUGUAGAAAAGUAAAUGCUUCGCGCGCGCGGAGUGACCCCAUCUUGGUGGAUCCAGGGGUUUCCAGAUGUACCUGCAGUUGUUGGAUUAUCCGUGAAGACAUAGUCUGAAUGAGCAGAAAAUGUGACUUCUUUGUUUUGCAGUGGGUGACGUGUCCUGGCAGUCACAAUACGGAAUUGAUGUUUUGGUGAGAGGUUGAUAUGCAACUCUUUGUAUUUGUGUAGUCGUCGUACUACGGUGAUCCAUCACGUGGCACAACUGAGUUUUUUAGCGUAGGUGUAGUUGUAUGUGUAGAUGUACACAUGUGGUGCAAGUGUGAGAGUAAAAGUGGUUACUCAUGAAUUGAUGAAAUGAAAGUAGACAAAGUAGCAGGAAAAGUUGUAGAGUUUACAGGUACCCAUUAGUAAGUUGGGUUGAGGUAUAAUGAAAAGGACUUAAAGGAAGUCGAAUAGCAGCCUACGCAGAGCACCGGAUUUACGAAAUAUGUGGAAAGAUAUGAUGUUUUGGAGAAAUUGCUGAAGUUAGAGUCGAAAUGAGACGAGGUAUAGUAAAUAUGUAUUCCGGACUACUUCAAAGAGGAAGUGAGUCAUGGGUAUUUUUCAAUCAAAGUGGAUUGAAAUGUGAAAUACGGAAACGCUUACAAGAUCACAACAAUGUAAAAAAUGUACAUGUGCAAUUGAAAGAAGAAAUGAAUUGAAAGAAGAAUUUGUAAAAAUUCGAUAAUAAACUCCAAGGAUUUUAAAAUAUGUGUUCGUAGAACAAUAUUAACUAUUAUCUGUUUUAGUUAUUUUGCCAAGUUUUUCUUAAAUGUUGAAAAAAUCAUCAGUGUCGAGAUGACGGAUCUAUCAACAUCAAUGAUCCAGGAUCUCAAGGAUUUUUCAAGAGGACUUCCAAUUAGACACAACAACACGAUGAAUACGAUAAACGAAGUUUACAAAUCUUGAUACCACGAGAGGAAAAAGAAGAAAUUUCUCUGGACAGUUAUUUCAUGAGGGUCCCAGGCAGACAGAAGAAAAGGAAUAUUUAGAUUUCUUUAUUUCCAAGAAGUUGUUUACGACUUGUGGUUGCUGCUACACCACAUUUUGUAAUUUGAAGCCUGCAGUAUAAGUGGUUACCAACUACUUAUCCAAGAGUAUCGUUGAGGACGAACGAUCAAGGACCAAGGAGCCUAUGAUUAAGGAUGAGAAACGAAGGACGAAGAAGCGGAUGUCCAGGAACCAAUCACCAGGGGCCAAGUACCGGGUCAACGACUGAACGAGUCUACAGAAAAAUGAUAACCAGAGCAUUGGAAGAGGAAAGGAUUUCUUUGUAUAAUUAUUAUUGCACAAACAUCAGCAAUAAUGAGGAGCAACAACCAGAAUCAGCUACCAGGACCUUAAGAGGAACGAUUCACCAAGGACCAUCAACUAACGAAAUAAAUCCUAGCUGUCUAGAUUUUGAAUGAUAUUUUGUUGGUCAAUGUUAUGUGUUCUUAGGUCAUGUAAUUGAAAUUAUAAUGUUUUGAAUUGUA